UGACUCCGCUACUCUCUCAGCAGCAAAAUAUAGGAAAGAAAAAUUUUUUUUUCUAGUCUGUUUUUUAUUUUUUUAUUUUAUAUUCUUGUUUUAAGCAGUAUUGUCAAACAAUGUCUGAACCCAAAGUAGAAGCUGUUCCCAUCGUUCCCGAAGCAGAAAAGAAGGAGGAAUUUUUUGACGAUGAAGGUAAGCCUAUCUCUAAAAAGGCAUUUAAGAAACUUCAAGCUGCCAAAGAAAAAGCUGAAAGAAAAGCUGCUACUGCUGCCAAGCUUGCUGAAGAAAAAGCUGCCAAGGAAGCCAACAUGGUUGAUUGCUCCACUGAUCGUUAUGGCAAACUUCCCAUGAAUCAAUCUCAAGAGCGUACAGGUGCCAAACGUGAAGAUAUUGUUACUAUUCAAGGUAGUCGAGCUGGUGAAAAAGUCUUGGUACGUGCUCGUGUCCAUACAUCUCGACCUACAGGUGGCAAGAUGUGUUUCUUUGUAUUCCGUCAAGGAGUUUCUACUAUCCAAGGCAUUAUCACAGCCGAUGAAAAGACAAUCAGUAAACAAAUGGUUAAGUUCUGUGUGGGUAUUCCUGCCGAAUCAAUUGUGUUAGUGGAAGCCACCAUUGUCAAACCUGUGGAAGAAAUCAAAAGUUGUACUGUAUCUGAUGCCGAGUUAUCAAUCCAAAAGAUUUAUCUUGUGUCUGAAGUGAAGGAACGUCUUGCUUUCUCUCUUGAAGAUGCUUCUCGGCCUGAAAGUGAAUAUGAAAAAGAAGAAAAUGCGCAAUUAUCUCGUGUCAACUUGGAUACUCGUCUCAACAACCGUGUCCUUGAUUUGCGUACUACUACUAACAAUGCUAUUUUCCGUUUACAAUCUGCUGUAUGUCUUUUAUUCCGUGAAUUCUUAAUCCAACGUCAAUUUAUUGAAAUCCAUACACCAAAGAUGAUCGGUACUGCUUCUGAAGGUGGUUCAAAUGUUUUCAAAGUCUCUUAUUUCAAGCAAGAUGCUUUCUUGGCACAAUCUCCUCAACUUUAUAAGCAAAUGUGUAUUGCUGCUGAUUUCGGUCGUGUGUUCGAAAUCGCUCCUGUUUUCCGUGCUGAAGACUCCAAUACUCAUCGACAUAUGACUGAAUUCAUGGGUCUUGAUAUGGAAAUGGCUUUUGAAGAACAUUAUCAUGAAGUAGUGGAUGUAUUGGAUGAAUUAUUUGUGUUCAUCUUUACCAAUCUCAAGAAACGUUAUAAUACGGAAAUUGAAGCUGUCAAACGCCAGUAUGACUUUGAAGACUUUGAAUUUUUACCUAAAUCACUUCGAUUAACUUAUGCUGAAGGUAUCCAAAUGUUACGUGAUGCUGGUGUUGAAGUAGGCGAUUAUGAAGAUUUAAGCACUGCCAACGAAAAGCUCUUGGGUAAAUUAGUAAAGGAAAAAUACCACACUGAUUUCUACAUUUUGGACAAGUUCCCGUUAGCUGUUCGACCUUUCUACACCAUGCCUGAUGCUAAAGAUCCUAAUUAUUCCAACUCUUAUGACUUUUUCAUUCGUGGUGAGGAAAUUUUAUCUGGUGCUCAACGUAUUCAUGAUCCCGACUUUUUGGAAGAGCGUGCCAAGGUCCAUGGUGUUGAUAUUGCUACCAUUCAACCUUAUAUUGAAGCUUUCAAGAUUGGUGCUCCUCCUCAUGCUGGUGGUGGUAUUGGUCUUGAACGGGUGGUAAUGUUGUAUCUUGCUCUUGGUAACAUUCGCCGUACCAGUCUAUUCCCUCGCGAUCCUAAGCGUCUCAGUCCUUAAAUAGAUAUAGUAUUAUUAUUUUUAGAAUAAAUAAUGAACUUUUUCACAAAGAUAAAUAUACUUUCAAUCUUC